AUUGACAACUCGUAAUGUUACAUAUUAAAUAAUUAAAAUAAAAUUAACGAAACAGCUAUUUACAACGUUUUCAAACGAAGCGUGAAUUUCGAAAUGACGCGUCAGGAGCAGCAGCUAUCUCAUCAAUGAUAGCGUACGGUUUGGCAACGUCGCCUCGCUCACCUGGCGUUACCUGCGCAGUGUCAACUGGGGGCGAGCACGCCAGCCAGUGGCACUCGAUCCACCGACCGGACAGACGCGCUUGUCUCGAGCUGCCCUAAUUCAAAUUAACUCCCAAAAUAUUCCAUCAAAAACGUUUAUCGCCAACAAAACUUAGUUAAAACAUUAAGGCGGCUAUCGGAGCGUGCGAAGUGGAAAACAAUAACGCGUGUGACACAUUAAUAGGACAUUCAAAAUUUCGGUAUCGCUCAAAUACAAAGCUGGCUUCGUACGUACGUACGGUGGCGCCGGAGUCCUGUUUCGCGAAUACGUCCGUCAAUGUGUUAAGUGAGUUAAUACUAGGUUUUCACCGACAGCGGAAAUAGCUUACGUAGCCGGGCUAGCGGUAAAACGACGUCCGCGCCGCACGCGACUUCUUGUUCCAUGUUGGGUAACCGUCAGGUUUCUAAAAGGUGCUUUCGGCGCGUUUGAGAACGUAUUCAACGAGCACGGAGCGUGGAUUUUUCUGAUUCGGUUCGCGGGCCACGGUACGGACCUGACACUAGCCUUAACGGGCCUCGUUAGAAAGCCACCGCGGAAAUUCGAACAUGGUUAAAAGAUCGUUUUAGAUAGACAGCUCAGAGUAUUAGCCACGAAUGGACUGAUCGUAGAACAGUAAGUUUGUGUACGAACGAUAGUCGGAGGGGCUGUGUUGGAGUGUGUUAGCGCAGUGCAUGGCGCCAUGAUCAACGGUGGUUGGGUUUGCGCCCUGCAUGUGCGCACCGCAGGGCUAGGCGGAGCGGCGCUCGGCUCCGACGAGGAGGAAAUCGUCUACCUAGCGUAUGUCGUCAUCGACGUGCCCACCAAUCAGAUAAUAGGAGAGAGAGAGUAUGCUGUCAGGCCGACUAGAAGACCCUCAGAGGAACUGCAGACAGGACAACCUUUAGAAGUAAUUGUGCAACAGUUCGAUGACUUCGUGAGGUCGCUACAAGUGGACCCCCACUCGCCGCUCUUCAGACUAGUCACGGACGGACAACCUCCACUAAGACAAUGCCUCCACCCAGAGGCGUGCAGCAAAGAGCUGGUGUUGCCGGCGUACUACGCCCGUUUCCACGAUCUGCGUAAGGAGUACGUGCGGGCUUACACGUUGCGAGCGGUCGCGCCCCCCAGGACCCAGGCGCCACCACCCCCGCCGCCGGACCACCCCAGCUCACUACUCGAUAUGCUCAAUUAUUUAGGUAUUCCUCCGUAUUCCGGAGAAAAUUUCUACGCUGCGGAAGUGAAUGACAUGGCGUCUAUAAUACAAAGGAUAAUUUCCGAUGGCUUCCGAUUGGAGCUUCCGGAGGUCGUCGAUUUAGUUUUAGAAACUGGAAUAUGCUCAAAAGACGAUGAGAUUGACGGGAACUGCAUAGUUCGCGCCCGCGGUCUUCCCUGGCAGUCCUCAGACCAGGACAUCGCAAAAUUCUUCAGGGGUCUAAAUGUAGCAAAGGGUGGAGUAGCUCUUUGCCUAUCACCGCAAGGCAGACGUAACGGCGAAGCACUGGUUCGAUUCGUGUCACAGGAGCACAGGGAUAUGGCUCUGAAGCGGCAUAAACACCACAUCGGCCCUCGGUACAUUGAGGUGUACCGGGCGAGUGGUGAAGAUUUCCUCUCGGUGGCUGGUGGCGCGACCUGUGAAGCAGCUGCCUUCCUAUCGCGAGGAGCGCGCGUCAUCGUCAGAAUGCGAGGAUUACCUUACGAUGCCACUGCUCAACAAGUCUUGGAUUUCUUCACGAGCGGCGAGGACCCAGUCCAGGUCCUGGAUGGUACUGAGGGAGUGCUGUUUGUGCGUCGCGCCGACGGUCGCGCGACCGGCGACGCUUUCGUGCUUUUCGCGAAAGAGGAGGACUCACCCAAAGCCCUGUCGCGACAUCGCAAGCUCAUCGGGUCUCGAUACAUCGAACUCUUUCGCUCCACCAUCGCUGAAGUGCAGCAGGUCCUAAACCGCUCGUUGGAGAGUCGUACAAGCCAAACCAGCACCCCGUCCACGGCCCCCGCUCCCGCUGAAGGUCUUCUGCCAGUGGCGUUGGUGCCACAGCACGUUAUCACAUCUGGAACCGCCAAAGACUGCGUUAGACUGCGUGGACUGCCUUAUGAAGCCCAGGUUGAACACAUCCUGACGUUUCUGGAAGAAUUCGCCAAGAACAUUGUCGUGCAAGGAGUUCACAUGGUUUUCAAUGCCCAGGGUCAUCCCAGCGGCGAGGCAUUCAUUCAGAUGGACAGCGAGGCCAGCGCUUUCCUCUGUGCCCAGCAGAAGCAUCACCGGUACAUGACCUUCGGGAAGAAACAACGGUACAUCGAGGUGUUCCAGUGUUCAGGCGACGACAUGAACAUGGUGCUAACGGGCGGCGUGACCCCGGCGACGUCCCCGAAGGUGUUGUCCCCCGGUACGUUGGUGUCCCCUCCCGCGGCCCCCGCGCCCCCCGCGCCCCGCCUGCUCGCGCACCACAUCGCGCAGCAGACGCUCCUCGCGCGCCAGCACGAGAACCUCCUGCUGGCGUCGCUGCGGCCGCCGCUCGUGCCGCUACUGCACUACCCCCCCGCCCUGCGCCACGCCCCUCCCUCACCAUACUCUUUCCAGCAGAUGCUUCCCACCAAACGCACCUACGAUCGCGCAUUUUCGCCCGCGGACCAAUCCCCAGCCAAGCGUCCCUACGCUCUUCCCCAGCAUCUCGCGCCAGCCUUGUCCCUCCCGGUCUACUCGUACGGCGCUUCGUCUCCGAUAUUCUCGUACUCCAACACGAGCCCUAUGUUGCCGACGUACGCGAGCGCCCUUCCCACGGCCAUCCCCACAGCCCUGCCCGCGGACUACGGCGCGGCGCUGUCAGCCCUGCCCUCCAUGGGCUCGCCCUACCCAGCCGCCUUAUCCAUGCUCCCUACUUAUCCCAUCCUACCGUGGCGUCUUAAUAACUAAACUAACUCAGUCACAUUCAAUACUCGGUACCUGAGGGAAAAUAUUAACGUGCUGCUCGUGUAGACAAUACGUUUUCUGCGACCUUUCAAUAGUAUUGUGCAAUAAAGUACAAAAAAAUAUAAAUACUACAUAAUAAUAUCCCUAGAUGUCACAAUAUAAACAACAUCCAUCUAAUAGGCAUUCCGAAAUUCUAAAUACAUUCGAAGUUUUAUAUAAAUGAAAGUGAGACGGUUGAAACUAAACAGGGUAAAAGAAAAUGACAAAGAGCUCAAAACCGCAAGUGCCUUUAACGGAUAUUCGGAGCGAGAAAAAUCGCGAAUUUAAUGUAAAAUCUUAAACUAGGCAGCUUUAUGUAGUUAACUUAUAAGAAAUUAGAUGAUACUAAAAGUUGUUUUAUGAAAUUACUUUCUAUAAAUCAACUUGACUUGAACACGCCUCUAUCAUUUAACUUUAAAAGACGUGCCGCUAUUAAAAAAAAAUCUAUUAUUAAGAAUCUAUUUCCACAAUCAAGUCGAUUUUGUAUGAAAUAUCAAUACAAAACAUUUUUAUUCUUGUUGAAUUUUGCUGACUUUAAGCCUUGUUGAACUCUCAUAUUAUUGUUUAGUCGAUUUAAAUCGAUUUUAAAAUAAGCGAAUUAUAGGUUGUUAUGACAAAUAGGUUAGUUUAUUGUUAGAUGCAGUAUCCAUGACUACGGUCAAGUUUGAUUGAAUGAAAUAACAAAGAUCACAUCAACUGGCUGUAUGAGCUUCAUCCCGUUAGUCCGCGGACGAAUAGAAAAAAAGAGUAUAUUCUUAUCAUGGAGUUAAUAAGUACCUACAACUGGAGUGCUGUCUGAUGCCGAGAAAUCGGUCUCGAAAGAGAAUACUUUUUGGUCGCGGUGUCCUUGUCUAAUGUGGUGACCAUAUAAAAUUUAUUUAUAGGAUAAAAUUAUACACAUGCAUCAGUUUUGAAUUUACCUUAAGUAAUUCUGUGUAACCCUAUGUAAAUACAAAACACGUGCUUGCAACGUUUUAUUUAUGUAAAUUCAAUUCUAAACAUUGCUUCGUCGUCAUGGUGCCUUUUUUCGACGUUUUUUUUUGGAAGUUGCUGCGUUGUCGAAAAUCUAGCACUGAGUUUUAUUACAAACAUCAUUACCUCAGUGCUAUUACUUAAACUUCCUCAAACUCAUGUUUAACGUCCGAAUACUCAACCGCGACUUAAAUAUUAUGUUGAACUUAAUUACGCAAUUCCUACUUUAGUGUACUGGCUAAGUGGGCCGUGCAAAUUAAUAUUUGACACACUGAGUGAGACACUGCAACACACAUGGUCUGCGCGUAUCGGGUGCUCUUUUCCUACAUUCACAUCUUCAAUUGAUUUAAAAUUACUUGUAUUUUUACUUCUGUGCUAUUAUCAUGACACGUGUAUAUUAAGUCUACUAGUUACAUUUUAGGAAAUAAAACACAAUGGGUAAUAAAAUGAAAUGAACUGAAAUUCAUUUAUUUGUUAUAUGUAAACAAUUAAAUAACUCUUAAAUGACAAGUCAAUACACAUAACACAAUACACAUAGUACUUGAUCUCUAUUUACAAAAUAUUGGUUAUAUUAUUAUUAUUAAGUUCAGUAAAUUUUCUGUAAUCUUAUAAUAUAACAUUUCCUCUAUUUAUUUUUAAGUAAAUUCUUUUUUUUCAACGAAAUACAUAAUUUAUUUUAAUCAAUAUCUAAGUGGACCAUGAGUAUCAUUAAAAUUUCGCAAUUUAAAUUUCAAUUCAAUUAAAAAUCGCCAUUUUUCUUUAAUAAAUCUAAAAUCGACUUUAUAUUUACAAUCACUAUUUCACGACUUUUAAGUUUUUGUUUCAAUACCUUAACAUCUUGUCGUAAUUUUGCUUUUCUCGGGGUAUUUUUUAUUUCUUGCGUUUGAGUACUUGAUUCUUCUUGUUUGACCUUUUUAAAGGACAUUUUCCAGAAAUUCCAAAGUCAUAUUUACUAGAAGAUCCUCCUCGUUCGCUUAACGUCAGGCAAAUGAUAUACAUGCUUGCGUGCGACGCUAUUCAAUACAAUAAAAAAAGUUCAAGAAAUACCACGUGAUGGCUCUUAUAAUAUGAAAAAUACAUUGCAAAAUUAUAGUUUUCACGAUUGUUUUUUCAAAUUUAGUAUAUGACAUAGAUUAAGUACAAUUUACAAGACAAAUGGUAUUAAAUAUUAUAAUGAGAAAAUAUAUCUCACAUUUUAAAAAUAUAUGCUCACACUAGUAAAAAUUUUAUCAAUGAAUCUGACAUAUGGAAGGAUAUUCCACAAACUGGAGAGGAUUCUCGCUUAAAACCACUUAUAUUAAAAGUGUUCACCAUGAUUACACGGAAACUUUCACGAUUUUCGAAAAAAAAACAAGCCACAAGCUGUAUCAGUGCCAUUUUAACUUCGCACUACAAACGUAAAUAGACGCCAUUUUUCUUUUAAUCCAUUCAUAGCUCUUUUUCGGUGAUGCCAACAAUUAAUCUGGCUUCCCACCAAAUUCAACAUGAAAACCAUCAGAAAUCUACGUACCUACCAUAAAAUUUUCCAUUAAACAGAGUUCUUAUUAAUAUAGAACAAUAUUUUUUUUGUUAAUGAGCUUUAUUAAUAUAUGAUGUUCUAUUAAAAAUCAAUAUAUAUCAUAUAAUCAAUACUUCUUAUAUAAUUUAUUUUAAUAAAUUGUCAUCAUCAGAAAAUAAAUUCACCAUAACUUUGUACGUUUAUGUUGAACCAAUUUAAUUUUUGACGUUGAUGGAAAUUCUAAAUUGUCGCAAUAUUUUCUAGUUAAGUUUAAGUCACAUCGUUUAAAUAAUAUGUAUUUAGAUAUAUUAUUGUCAUAAAAUGUUUAAAAUCCUGUAAAGUGGAUUGAUUUUAACCUUUUCAAUAAUUUUCAACAACGCCCAAGCUACUAAAAAAUCCACUAACCACUAAAAGCCAUUUUUGAUAACUAAGACGGGGGUCCAAAUUCCGAGAUUUUAUGGAAAAUCCUCUAAGCUAGCAACACUGCUUUUUGUUUGUAAAAUGUGCGAGAGGGACACCACCACUUAAUAAUCAUUCUCUUUUCAGACCGUUUUUCCUUACAUCUUUUGCUAUUUAAAAAUAAACUUUAAGCCAUAGAGAUAAAGUAUAUUUUUAGUUUUUAUGUCAAACGAAGUAAGCACUCCAGUUAGAAUAGUAACUCUAUGAUUCUUAUCAAUUUUGGACUUACUUUUUGGUUGUUUAACCUCAAUCAUGUUGUUUUUGUGCAGCUAUUUUUAUGGCACUUAUUAAAUUCUUUGUAGAUGUAUUUUUUUUUAAAUGGAUACUGCCAAAAACGUCUAACGUAAGUGUGAUCAGAAAAAGUUGUGAUUUUUUUUUUGUUAAAACAAAACAUUCCAUUGAAAAGACAAGUUUACGCCAAUGUUUUGAAGGCUGAAUAAAAAGUCUGACGAUACAUUAAACUCGUACUUAUUAUGAACUUAAGUUUUUUUUUUGUUUGUUUUAUCGAGUAAAAUGCACUUAUUUGCUGUUAAUUCACCAUACUUUUAUUACACUUAUAUUUUGAUAAGUUUUUUUUUUUAAAUGUGAAUUGUUUCGUUCAAUUAUUUACUAGUUAGUACGUUCGUUUUUGAAUUAUCAUAAAGUGUUUUUAAGAUCGUUUUUAGUCAGCUUUUAGCUAUAGAUUAUUUCGUAAAGUCGCAUACUUAAAUGCGUGCAAAUGUUUUUUCCGUACGCGGAUGAAAAGGUACUUACUCAAACAUUUAGGGGUUUAAUAAUUGAAUAAUUGAUAGUGUCGUCAUAAAACGAAAUGCUAAAAAAAAACAUUACCGGCAUUUGUAUCCCUACUUUCCUAUACCUCCCCUUUAUUAUAAAUAUACCUACACAUAACAAUGCCUAUUACUUAAACGUAUAUUAUAGCUUUAUUCAUAAUACUGUGUUAUAUAAAAACUCUUUAUGCCAAUUUCAAUUUGACAGUUUGUUUUCCCGCUAAAAUUCAUGUCAUAAAGACGUUUUUCAUUUGACAGCUAACUUCACACCACAAUUUAGUUUCAUUUGUUUAUAAAUAAAAUUAUUAGUUGUGUAGGAUUGUUCUGGAAUAUGUUACGAGGUUAGUAUAUGUAGGUGUGCCUUACUAUUAGCAGCUACAGAUACUAUGACUCGUUUUGCAAACAUUUAAUGAAUUUCCCGCCAUAUAUUCCAGGCUCAAAGACUUAUUUAGGUACAUCUACAUAGAAACCGCAGUGGUUUAAGUCAUUUGUAAUGGUUGCCAUCGUUUCUAUUUACAUAUUCACGACUCAUGAUAUCAGAACUAUAAGGUCGUUUAUCAAACGCAAACAUAAAUAUAUCUUUAUUUUGUGUUGGCAACUUUAGCGUGCAUAGUGCAUUUAUGCCUUUCCGGUAAAUGUAUCUGUCUAUACAAAACAAUGGAUGAUCCCUCAAGCUUCCGGAAGCUUGCGGUAAAAUUACUGGGCUAUGUCUUCCGGGCACACGCCGCAUCUGGUGCUACAUAUGCGUGCGUAUAAUAUGCGCCCAAGUCUUGAUCUUCUCAGUUAACAUUCGACCUUAUCGUCCUGUAUACAAUGACUACUUUGACGGUUAUUGGGAGCUUCACAGAACACGGUGUAUUGGCUAAUCUUUGUACUGUCUAUAUUACUUUUUGGAUAACAAUGACGGAAUUUAAUGUUUUUUUUUUAUCAAUAUAUAUUAGUUUACUUAUAGAUAUGACGUGUUUUAUAUGGUAUAGAAAUAUGUAUGUACGUAUCCGUACGGGUUGUGUUAUGGAAAAUUUGCAUGAUUCAGCGUUAACGGUGAGCUACAUAGACUAGUGAUAAUGGAAUAGUCUAGAACGUUUCCGAAAUUUAUAUUAUGAUAGAUUCUUAUGGUAAGUAACUAUUACUUAGAUAAUCCAAUUGGUAGAUCCGGUCCUUUUUAAUUUUAGUUGUAUUGAAGUCUUUAGUCAAAAGAGGGGGUAGCAAAUAAAAAUUUUGUUUUUACUGAAUAUUUUUAUUUGUUCCACUCCGCAACAUGGUAUUUUACUGGUGGUAGGACCUCUUGUGAGUACUGGUGGUAGGACCUCUUGUGAGUCCGCGCGGGUGGGUACCACCACUCUGCCUAUUUCUGCCGUGAAGCAGUAAUGCGUUUCGGUUUGAAGGGUGGGGCAGCCAUUGUAACUAUACUUGAGUCGACUAUUAUCAAAGGCGGCAAUCUGACUUUUGGACAAUGAUUGGUAAAUCAGAAAAACGAAUUAUUGACUUUGUAUUCCAUUGGCAGUCACAAAACUCUUCGGAACGACAUCUUAGAUAAAUAACAGGUUAACUAUUAACCUUUAUUUAAUGCAGGUUUUGAACCGUAUUCUUUGAAGGAGACGAUUAUAUUCAAAUCAAUCUGUAUUGACAUAUCAAUAAAAAUUUUUUGUCCAAAUGUACAGAUUGCCACCUUUGAUAAUAGACGACUCACUUAAGACCUUAGAACUUAUGUCUCAAGGUGGGCGGCGCAUUUACGUUGUAGAUGUCUAUGGGCUCCAGUAACCACUUUACACCAGGUGGGCUGAGAGCUCGUCCGCCCAUCUAAGCAAUAAUAAAAAAAAAACCGAAUGAAAAUAAAUAUGAAAAAUAAUUGCUUUGAAAGAUUCAAGCGUUACCGCGACGAUAAUUAGAUAUAAACAUCUCAUCGCAAAAAUUGUUUACAAUGGUGUUUUUUUUUAGUUUAUUCUCGCCAAGAAAAUAACAAACUUAAAUUUUGUUUUUUCAAUGCGAUUAACUGAUCCAAUAGUUGAUAUGCUUUUUUUUCUUGCUUAAAUGGGUUUACAAGCUGAUAUAAAGUGGUAAUUGGUGCAAAGAGUUAUCAACGUAAAUGCCGCUACUCCAGUUUGAGACACCUUAGAGUAUUAAGCGGUAGGCAGCGGCUUGGCUCUGCCCCUGGCAUUGCUGAAGUCCAUGGGCGACGGUAACCACUCACCAUCAGGUGGGCCGUAUGCCCGUCUGCCUACAAAUGCAAUAAAAAAAAAAAAACCUGUUCUAAGUCUAAAUUUUUUGUAUCCUACCUAUUCUAAUAGCCUUGAGAGGCUAUAUCAGCGUUACCGAACCAGUAGGUGAGUUGAUGGGGCUCAAACCGGAGGUGUUGUUAACACUGGCCCUAGCAAGAGCAGUGCUUUGCUGAAUCUACAGAUCAGAAAGGCGACCAACAGAGAACUAAUUUUUACAUAAAAAUAAAACAUAACGGCUACCCCACUCUUCAAAUCGGAACGCAAGACACGCCAUAAACAAAACAAAGUGAUAAAAAUAUUACAUUCAGACACGUAUGCAUAAACUCCUUUAUAUCUAUCAUAAUUAAAAUUUUGUUUGGUUUAAUUUUGAAUUCGGAAACUAAUACUUCUUAUCAAGAACAAGGGCGACCCGAAAAUGUAUUCAAAUGCAAUAUAAAUAGCAUGUAAACGCUUCUCCUACCAGUAGAUAACAGGGUGUCUGCAUGUCGUUACGGUAUUCCGAAUGAUCGAUGUUCAGUUUCAUACGUUUCAUCAUAGUUUUCCACAGCACAUCGCGGCGGCCGCGAAAAAUAACCGAGUGAGAUUUCAAUCUGUAUUCUGUGUAAUAGCCGCGUUUUAUUUCUAUUCGUCAUUCUAAAUAUUGAACGUGCCCGUUUCUUGUGAUAAAACACGCGCACGUGUCUUAAUUACAAAAUUAACUACCGUUGACGUAUUCAAUCGAGUGAAAAAUACCCCCUUGCUUUUACUAUUCGAAUUAAAGCCGCGUCAAAAUAUAAGAUUUUAAUCUCACUCGAAGUCGUCAAAGGAAUUUUGUGUCAACCGUGUGUUUAGUGCGAGUUUUUAAACGUUCUCGAUAGCGUAAAAGUGAACUCUAAUUUGUAUGCAGUCUGAUCAGCGCCCCUAGCGGCAAACGCAGCAACCGUUCUAACUCCAUACAAAAUCGAGUUAACUUUUACGCUAUCGAGAGCGUUUAAAAACUCGCACUAAGCGCACUGUAUACGGGCAGUCUGGCCCGAGUACCUGUGCCUAUAUCGCCGGGUCCAAACAACGAGAUAUAAAAUUAUAUUUUACAAGUUUAAUUUAUCGCUAAAUAAUAUUAUGGUCGAGGGUGUUCUUCCUCCAGUCAAUUAACACGCAUAUAUGUCGCUUACUGUACGCUAUAUCCGAAAUACCUUUACGCUUGUAUCCCGUUUUUAAAAGAAUUUUUAUGACGGUAUUUUUUAAUUCUGUACACUUUUGUGCAUGUGCAACUAUUGAUUGGCCAUAAUUUUUAAAGUUUCCGACGCUCCUUUAAGCAAUGAUGAGCACUUUGUACAAUAACUAUGUCAAAUUAAUGCGAUUGGAUAACCUAAACGAGAGAAAAGGUAAGUUUCGUUUCUAACAAAUUUGUACUAUUGAUGAGUGCACAUUCACAAAAAAAAAAAAUUACCGCGCGCAUUGACUGGAGGAUGAGGUGUGAGGUUAUUGACAUAAACAUUAUAUGUCGUAUGCUAAAUGUGGGGUCACAAAUUUACUGUCUAAAUAUUGUAUAAUCUAUGCAUUAUUUUUUUAAACUAAGCACGAUCGACUCUAAAGCUGCCUGUCGAUCGAGAAACACAAACUCAAAACUGUCGCAUUUUCUUUUAUUUUUUUUCCAUUCAAUCUCGCCCGUAGAUUCCAUAUUUCAAUUCUCUUUUAGUUAAUUAAUUUAGUUGGUUAAUAUUAGUUGUAUUUCGUAUGAAUAAAACGAUGAUACGUUAGAUUGUAA